AUGAAUGCCAUAAAUACCAGUUUUCCCCCAAAUAUCUCCAUUGUGCAUCCUGAAUACUUUUUUAUCACUGGACUUUCAGGUAUCCCAUACAGCCAUUAUUACUAUAUUUUCUUGUUUUGCAUUAACUUUGUUGCUGUAUUUGGGAAUUCUGUAGUUCUUCUCCUCAUAGCUGCUGAACGGAGUCUGCACAGCCCAAAGUACAUUGGCGUGUUUAAUUUGGCUUUGGCUGACUUUGGUGAAACAAAUGCUGUGUUUCCCAACAUGAUGAAGACUUUUCUUUUUGACUCACAGUACAUCUCUUAUAAUGCUUGUUUGGCAAACAUGUUCUUUGUAUUCUUCUUUAUUGGUACGCAAUGUCUCUCUCUUGUUGUUCUGGCAUACGAUCGCUUUGUUGCAAUCUGUUUACCUCUCAGAUAUCACGCCAUUGUGACUAAUACAGUCAUGUCUUUUGUAUAUUCAGCGAUAUGGGCAUUUAACGCUUGUCAGGCAAGUCUGACAGUGUAUUUUAUCAAUCGGCUUUCAUUCUGUAAAAGCAAUGUCAUUGAAAGUUAUUUUUGCGAUCAUGGGCCAGUGUUUAGGUUGGCAUGUAAUGAUAAUAGCAUUAAUUUUUUUAUAGCCAAAUUUAACACUGCCCUUUUCCUUGUAGCUCCACUGAUCAUUAUAGUUCUGUCGUAUCUAGGCAUUUUUCUUGCCUUGAGUAAAAUCACAACUUGGGAAGGACGUUUUAAAGCUCUGAGGACGUGUGCUUCUCACCUUUUGGUGGUGGGAUUGUAUUUUCUUCCCAAAAUAUGUGUUUACAUUAUAGCGAUAACAACGUUUCUCUCUGCCAAUGCAAGGAUCAUCAGCACAUCUCUAGCGUAUGCUGUUCCAGCGAUGUUAAAUCCCAUCAUUUAUGUUUUAAACACAGCAGAAAUAAAAGACUUAAUUAGAAAAGUACUAAAAAGGGGUCUGUAG